CUUGUCCUCAUGCUGCUGAAGCUCUUGCUGUUGCUCUGUGGCCAGCCCUGUGAACCGACAGCGCUGCUUUUGACAGUCAGCCCUCCUCGGCCCAUAGAGGGGAACGCGAUGACCCUGACCUGCAAGACCCAACUCUCCACACAGAAGUUAGAUGUUCCGCUCCAGUUCUUCUUCUUCAAAGAUGGCUCUGCCCUGGGGCUGAGCUGGAACAACUCCUCGGAGCUCCAGAUCACUGCCCUGAAGAGGAGAGAUUCAGGGUCCUACUGGUGUGAAGCUCAGGGAGAGGGACCUAAAGUCAUUCGGAGCCGGAGAAUCCAGAUAGUUGUGCAGGGAGUCCCUGUGUACAAUGUGAGCUUGGCGACACAGCCCCCAGGGGGCCAUGUGAUGGAGGGAGAGCAGCUGGCUCUUGUCUGCAUGGCCGCGGGGGGCACAGGAGACAUCACCUUCCGGUGGUACCGAGGGGCCCUGGGGUCAAACCUGGGAGCCAAGACCCAGCGCUCCCUGAUGGCCGGGUUUGAGAUUCCUGCGGUGAGCCAACAGGACGCCGAGGCCUAUUACUGCUCCGCGGACAACGGCUAUGGCCCCAGCCUCAGUGGGCUGGUGAGCAUCGCUGUCAGAAUUCCAGUGUCUCAGCCUGUCCUCACCGUCAAGGCUGCGGGGCCCCAGCAGAUGGUGGGGGACGUGGUGGAGCUGCACUGCGAGGCCCGGAGCGGCUCUCCUCCCAUCCAGUACCAGUUUUUCCUCGAGGAUGUCCCCCUGGGGAACAGCUCAGUCCCCUUCGGAGGAGGGGCCUCCUUGAACCUCUCUUUGACCCCAGAACAUUGCGGGAACUACUCCUGCGAGGCCGACAAUGGCCGGGGAGCCCAGCGCAGUGAGGCGGUGCCUCUCCACGUCACAGGAAGACGUCCAGCCAAGGACCCAUCCAGGAGCCCUCCCAGCCCUCCACCCCGAGAAUUCACCUACGUGAACGCAACGGCUCUAGUGCAGCAGCAGCCGAUAUAUGAAAAUGUGAAUGUUGUCAGUGGAGGUGAGGUUUACUCCCUGGUGUACCAUAUGCAACAGGAGCGGCGAUCAGCGGCAGGUAAGACACGAGGGAGCGCAUUUUCCUCUGACUUUUGUCUGCCUGGAACCGAGAGAGGUCAGGUGCAAGCCCUGGAGAGGUGGCUUCUGCUUUUCUCCGUGAGGAGCCCUAUGCACUCCCUGCAGCACCGGACACAGCCGUCCAGUGGCUACUGUUGUCCUACCUGGUACACGGUGGGCCCAGAAAUGCUGGCGGAUGACCCCUCAGCCCUCUACUCGGGAGUGAAAACCGCAAGCAUUUCAGACGAUGACUACGAGGAUGCUAUUUAA